AUGACGAAAGAAAAACAUCUUCUAUAUGUUCAAACUGUUAAGAAAGUUCGAGAAGCUGUUAAUAUCAAACUGGAGGAGUUACGAGUAGAUAUGGCAAAAGAAGUUGCUGUUAUAUCUCAUGAUUUUUCUACUCUUCACACCAAAGUAGAUAUCAUUGCAGUUGCAGUUACAAAUGUUAUGAAAUGGUAUCAAUCUUUAAUUUUGAAGGUUGAUAAAAUAGAAGAGCUUGAUACAAAAAGUUUUUCUAAGAUUGAAGAUUCGUUUAUUAACCUUAAUGAUUUAGUCUCAAAGAUUAGUUCAUCAUCUUCGCUGAUUACUCCUAAUUCUUUAUCCCAAAAGUUUGCUGCUUUGGAGUCGAUACUCAAAGCUGAAUUGGAUCCAUUAGCCAAUUUAUUGAAUUUAAUGUCAACGACCGCCCCACCUAUUCAAACAAGGGUGCAAGGGGGAGAAGGAAUUGGUGUUAGCAUUGGGGUGAGUUCGAAGGUUAGUAUGGGGGAAGUGGAUCUUCGAAAAGAGAUGACGAUGCAAAGGUUGUUGGAAAGAUGA